AUGUCGGUCAGCUGGGCAGAAGGUGGAGCCGUGCCGUACUCCAACUCCUCCGUCCUUUCCAGUAACUCCACUGAGGGGGGAGAGCUGACCGGUGCAGGCAAAGACGACUCGGACCUUGGCAAUUUCUACCGGCCCUUCUCAGUGUUCAGUGUGCUGGCCCUCACCCUGCUGGCUAUGCUGGUGGUGGCCACAUUUGUGUGGAACCUCCUUGUGCUGGUGACCAUACUGCGCGUGCGGACAUUCCACCGCGUGCCCCAUAACCUGGUGGCCUCCAUGGCCAUCUCAGAUGUGAUGGUGGCCGGCCUGGUGAUGCCUCUGAGCCUGGUGCACGAGCUGAACGGGCGCCGCUGGAAGCUGGGGCGCAUCCUGUGCCAGGCGUGGAUCUCCUUUGACGUGCUCUGCUGCACGGCCAGCAUCUGGAAUGUGACCGCCAUCGCGCUGGACCGCUACUGGUCGAUCACGCGCCACCUGGAGUACACGCUCAAGACACGCAAGCGCAUCUCCAACGUCAUGAUUGCACUUACCUGGAUCCUGUCGUCUGUCAUCUCCCUCUCACCGCUUUUCGGCUGGGGGGAGACCUACUCGGAAGAGGCCCUGGAGUGCCAGGUGAGCCAGGACCCAUCCUACACCAUCUUUUCCACCUUUGGCGCCUUCUACCUGCCACUCUGCGUGGUGCUCUUCGUCUACUGGAAGAUCUACAAGGCCGCCAAGUUCCGCAUCGGCUCGCGCAAGACCAACACCAUCACGCCCAUGGCCGAGGUCGUAGAGGUGAAGGAGGCAGAGCGACAGCCGCAGAUGGCCUUCACGGCACGCCAUGCCACCGUAACCUUCCAGGCGGACGGCGAGACGUGGCGCGAGCAGAAGGAGCGUCGGGCGGCCCUCAUGGUGGGCAUCCUCAUUGGCGUGUUCGUGCUCUGCUGGAUCCCCUUCUUCCUGACGGAGCUGAUCAUCCCGCUGUGCUCGUGCGACAUCCCGCCCAUCUGGAAGAGCGUCUUCCUCUGGCUCGGCUACUCCAAUUCCUUCUUCAACCCGCUCAUCUACACCGCCUUCAACAAGAACUACAACAACGCCUUCCGCAACCUGUUCUCCAGGCAGCGCUGAAGGAGGCCCCGAGGCAGGGUACAGGGGCAGAGAUAGAGGGAACGGAAGGGAGAGAAAGAGAGGGAGAGAGAGAGAGGAGAGAGCA